CUGACUCAAAAAUAAAAUAAAAUUCGAAUUAUGUAAAACGAGACAAAAGAGAAUGAGAAGAGUAUAAUCAACCACAAAAAAAAAAGAAGGUUUUUCUUUCUGUUUCUCUUUUGACAGUGAUGAGAAAUCAGUGAGCGGAAGGUGAAAAAACAAAAUGGCACAAUGUCAAUGGCAACCGCAUUUUCAAACAAGAUUGAAGGAAGAUGUCUCUUGGAAACGCAGAGGUAUUUCAAUUAACAAAAACAAAGACAAAGGCAAAGGUAUUCGUAAUUGGAGAAAAAGAUUGCAGAUGCCACAAUGUUGCAGCAGUUCAUUUCCAGUUUCAUCAACAACCUCGAGGGAAUUAGAAGUAGGGCUGAUCAAUUCUGAGGGAAAACAAAGAGGUGAAUGUGAAGCGGGAUGUUUUGUGAAUGAAAAUGGAUGGAAAGUGAGAAGAAUGAUUGAGACUGAACAAGAAAUGAGGAAUGUUGCUGCUGUUCAAGCUCAAGCCUUUUAUGAACCUCUUCUUAUCUUCAAUGAUUUAUUCUUUCAAUUCUUUCAGGCUGAAGUACUUUCAGGAUUACUUUACAGACUGAAGAAUUCUCCACCAGACAGGUAUGUAUGUUUAGUUGCGAAGGCCUCAAGUGACACUCCUGAGGUAGAACAAGAUCUUGUAGGAGUCGUUGAUGCCACGGUGUAUAGAGAUACUGAUGUUCUUCAGUUUCUUCCGGGAGCAACAGAAUAUAUCUAUAUUUCUGGGAUCGCUGUAUUGAACAACUUCAGGAGGCGGAAAGUUGCAACUGCUUUGCUUAAGGCCUGUGAUGUUCUUGCAAGAUUUUGGAGAUUUGAAUAUUUAGUCCUAAGGGCUUAUGAGGAUGAUUUUGGUGCUCGACAAUUGUAUACAAAUGCAGGUUAUACAGUAGUUUCAGGUGAUGCUCCAUGGAAGACAACUUGGAUUGGUCGAAGAAGACGAGUUCUUAUGGUUAAACAGGUCUCACCUGAAUCUACUUACAUCUAUUGAAACAGAAAUUUCGAUUCAAGUCUUUUUAACAGUUCCUUAUCGAGUUAGUCAUUCCAAAAUACCCGAGGAAAAUUAUAUAAGGUGUGCAAAACUGAAGCAUUUGAUCUUCAGGAAAGAGUAUUCCAUGAAUCUUGUAAAUACAUAGCUGCUCUGCUGUUCUAUCAUUAUAUGAAAUUCCUUAACAAGA